CCCGCGGUCGUGACGACUCGACGCGUCCAUACUAUACAGUCCCUAACGUGCUCUGCUCAUCCAACCCGUUCGCCAUGUCCAUGGAGGGGUACCUGGCGCAGGAGCCGAACUUCGCCACCCGUGUGGUGCACUGCGGCAUGGCCGAGGAGGGGCACCCGCACGGCGCCAUCGUCCCGCCCAUCACACUCUCCUCCACUUACAAGAUGAAGCCCAGUGGAGAGUGGGGAGGUCUUCUCUACACACUCCAGCAACCCGAAGGAGGAGCUCGACUACCUGGGCAUCACCGACAACAUGGUGCGCCUGUCCGUCGGCCUGGAGGACCCCGACGACCUGUGCGCCGACCUGGACCAGGCCCUGAAGGCCGCCUGCGGCUCCGGCUAACGGCGCCGGAAACGUCGCAUGUCCGUUUCCGACCGCACCGUGUUCGGACCGGGGCAGACAAUGACACCGCGGCAGACGACACCGGGGCAGACAGCGACACCGGGGCAGACAACGACACCAGGCCCAGCCACUUUGUAUCGCGACCAUGGCGAAGGCGGCACGGUACCAUGCAUCCUUUUGAGACGAGCCGUAUUUUCUCACGUGUCUGUGUUGUACUAAUUCUAACCAUUUCGAGACUUCGUGUAUUAAUUGGUGCGGUUUUCGGUGCAAAUGUGUUUUUAGAAUAACUCAGGAAACUGAGCUAGCAAACAGCGAAUAGUAUGCGGGAAUUCAGCUAUCGAUAAAGCAUUACUAAAAGCCAGAUUUCUCGUAGAAAACCAGGAGAAUGGCGGUAUCCUGGAGAUAUACUAGAUCUCCAUUUUCCCACUUUUUCUACGAGGAAUAAACCUAUUUCUACUGCCUUGUAUACAUAUAAAAUGUUCCUCGCAUAGGCCUUUAUCAAUCUCGUUGGUACCCCAGAAUAUACCAUCAUUGUAUGUUUACACGAACAAUCUGCAGAUUAUGCCAUGUGUGAUCUAGCUUGGCAUGAAGAUCUGUACUUUCCAAGCCUUAUUUUACUUUCCAAGCCACGUAUGUACUUUCCAAGCCAUGCGUUGUUGGUGCUUUUCACCACUCAUCCAGUAAACUGACGGUGUUUUUCGAUUGAUACAGUCAGUUGAUACAGAUACAGUUGAUACAGAUACAAUCAAAAGCAAUUCAUCAUGGCCUACACGAUUCCCUCCCACAAUGCUGGCUUUGCAUCCAAGACGACGUAGCAACCAGCUCUGAACAUAGCCUAAUGAUCAAAAGCCACGGAUUACUAAAUAAAUACUCUAAAAAAGCGAAGAACUACAUGGCUGUACAGCUAUUACCAUUUACUUCCUCUUGCGGAGAUUACAAUGCAUGUGUUUGUAUUGAUGAGUGUUGCCGCGACCAGCAUAAACCUACGAGGGACCAGCACGCCGAAGUAGUGACAGUUUUUCGUUCAGCAACCACAAAUCUUCACGGAGUAAGUCAACCGGAACAUCAAUACAUCGGCUGCUUGAAGGCCUCAUUUACUGACGACUGUGACUGUAGGCAGUAAUUCUGCCGAAAGCACCACAGAAACAUCGUCAAGCCCUGGGAACACUGCACAAGACUGCCCGCAGGUCCUAGAGCCCGCCACGGCCGGGCGGCUGACGACGAUGGAGUAUGAUCAUCCGCCACUUACAUGCCACUGCACUCAGUAGUGAAUCAACUGAAAGCGAACACGCUAUUUACCUUUGAAUUUUUUGCAGUUGUAUUUGUAUUUGUGGAUUAUGUGCAUUCACGUGACUGUACAGUUUUUACGCACUUCCGCCAAAAUGAAUGAAAACAGGCAUGUCAGUCAUGGGAAAAGGGACCGCACAUAGAUCACAAAAUGUACAGAUCCACACCAAGGUCGUCAAGUGGCAAAGCAGCCCCACAGAAAUCCAAAGUAUCAUCAAGACAGCGACUACAGUGCAAAGAGAGGUGUGCCUUUUUACCAGUGACUAGAACUGUUAUCAUCACGAAUGUAAGCCUCGCACCGCCGUGUGUUAAGAUGCGUUUUAGGUUAUGGCACGCCCAGCUGUGUCCGCUUCAGUGACAACUUAUUGAAUUUCCUUGUUUUCUUGCGACUCAGCAAAUAUUUCAGCGAUGCAAAACCUUUUAAUUGGCUCGAAGUUAUCCCAUAUAAUAAAACAAGUCCGAGACGUGAAAGAAAUUUCCCACGUCCACUGAUGACUCUGGCAAAGAAAUUCAACAGUUUCUUAUGCAGUGAAGUUGGAUUUUUACAAUGCGCU